GCACGGAGAGCGCGCGGGACUCGCGGCGGCCGGGCCGCGGCGCACCGGGACCGGGACCGGGGACCGGGUCGAGACAGGAACCCAGUCCCGCGCGGCGCCCCCGACCCGCCGGCCGCGGCGCCUCCUUCCUCGAACCCGCGCCGGGAAGGGGCCGGCGGCGACUGGCGUCGGCGGGGCGCGGAGGCACCGGAGAGGCGGCGGCGGCGGCGGCGGCAUCCUCGCCGCCUGCCCCGGCCCGGCCGCGUCCCGGAGCCGGCCGGCAUGGAGCCGUGGAAGCAGUGCGCGCAGUGGCUCAUCCACUGCAAGGUGCUGCCCGCCAACCACCGGGUGACCUGGGACUCGGCGCAGGUGUUCGACCUGGCGCAGACCCUCCGAGAUGGAGUCCUGCUCUGCCAGCUGCUCAACAACCUCCGGGCGCACUCCAUCAACCUCAAGGAGAUCAACCUGCGGCCGCAGAUGUCCCAGUUUCUCUGUUUGAAGAACAUAAGAACAUUCCUCACAGCCUGUUGCGAGACGUUUGGAAUGAGGAAAAGUGAACUCUUUGAGGCGUUUGACCUGUUUGAUGUUCGUGACUUUGGGAAGGUUAUAGAAACAUUAUCGCGACUUUCUCGCACGCCUAUAGCUUUGGCCACAGGAAUCAGGCCCUUCCCAACAGAAGAAAGUGUGAAUGAUGAAGACAUCUACAAAGGCCUUCCUGAUUUAAUAGAUGAAACCCACGUGGAAGAUGAAGAAGAUCUCUACGACUGCGUUUACGGGGAAGAUGAAGGCGGAGAAGUGUACGAGGACCUGAUGAAAGCAGAGGGAGCACAUCAGCCUAAAUGUCCAGAAAAUGACAUACGAAGUUGUUGCCUAGCAGAAAUUAAGCAGACAGAAGAAAAAUAUACAGAAACUUUGGAGUCAAUAGAAAAAUAUUUCAUGGCACCACUGAAAAGAUUUCUGACAGCCACAGAAUUUGAUUCAGUGUUCAUCAACAUUCCUGACCUCGUAAAAGUGCAUCGGAACUUAAUGCAAGAGAUUAAUGAUUCCAUUGUAAAUAAAAAUGACCAGAACUUGUAUCAAGUUUUUAUUAACUACAAGGAAAAGCUGGUUAUUUAUGGACAGUACUGCAGUGGAGUGGAGUUGGCCAUCUCCAGUUUAGACUACAUUUCUAAGACAAAAGAAGAUGUCAAACUGAAAUUAGAGGAAUGUUCCAAAAGAGCAAAUAAUGGGAAAUUUACUCUUCGAGAUUUGCUUGUGGUUCCUAUGCAACGUGUUUUAAAGUAUCACCUUCUCCUUCAGGAACUGGUCAAGCAUACCACCGAUGCCGUGGAGAAGGCGAACUUGAAACUGGCUCUCGAUGCGAUGAAGGACUUGGCACAGUAUGUGAAUGAAGUGAAAAGGGAUAAUGAGACACUUCGUGAAAUUAAACAGUUUCAGCUAUCUAUAGAAAAUUUGAACCAACCAGUUUUGCUUUUUGGACGACCUCAGGGAGAUGGUGAAAUUCGAAUAACUACUUUAGACAAGCAUACAAAACAAGAAAGGCAUAUCUUCUUGUUUGAUUUGGCUGUUAUUGUAUGUAAAAGGAAAGGUGAUAACUAUGAAAUGAAGGAAGUAAUAGAUCUUCAGCAGUACAAGAUUGCCAACAAUCCUACCACUGAUAAAGAAAAUAAAAAGUGGUCUUACGGCUUCUACCUCAUCCACACCCAAGGACAGAAUGGGUUAGAAUUUUAUUGCAAAACAAAAGAUUUAAAGAAAAAAUGGCUGGAACAGUUUGAAAUGGCUUUAUCUAACAUAAGGCCAGACUAUGCAGACUCCAAUUUCCAUGACUUCAAGAUGCACACCUUCACUCGAGUCACGUCCUGCAGAGUUUGCCAGAUGCUCCUGAGAGGAACAUUUUAUCAAGGCUAUUUAUGUUUCAAGUGUGGUGCGAGAGCGCACAAAGAAUGUUUGGGAAGAGUAGACAAUUGUGGAAGAGUUAAUUCUGGUGAACCAGGGACGCUCAAACUACCGGAGAAACGGACCAAUGGACUCCGAAGACAUCCCAGGCCGGUGGACCCAGGUUUACCAAAGAUGCAGGUCAUUAGGAACUAUUCUGGAACGCCACCCCCAGCUCUCCAUGAAGGACCACCCUUACACAUCCAGGCAGGGGAUACGGUGGAACUUCUGAGAGGAGACGCGCACAGCCUGUUUUGGCAGGGUAGAAAUUUAGCAUCUGGAAAGGUUGGAUUUUUUCCAAGUGAUGCUGUCAAGCCUUCUCCAUGUGUGCCCAAACCAGUAGAUUAUUCUUGCCAACCCUGGUAUGCUGGAGCAAUGGAAAGAUUGCAGGCAGAGACUGAACUUAUUAAUAGGGUAAAUAGUACUUACCUUGUGAGGCACAGGACCAAAGAGUCAGGAGAAUAUGCAAUUAGCAUUAAGUAUAACAAUGAAGCAAAGCACAUCAAGAUUUUAACAAGAGAUGGCCUUUUUCACAUUGCAGAAAAUAGAAAAUUUAAAAGUUUAAUGGAACUUGUGGAGUACUACAAGCAUCAUUCUCUUAAAGAAGGGUUCAGAACCUUAGACACAACUCUGCAAUUUCCAUACAAAGAGCCCGAACAUUCAGCUGGACAGAGGGGUAACAGAGCAGGCAAUAACUCCCCUUCUUUGUUCUGUGGCUUUUCUUUUGUAACUCCUCCAGACUACAGCUUUGUUCCCCCUUCUUCCACUCCUUUCUGGUCAGUAUUAAGUCCAAAAGUGCUGGGCAUUGCCAUCGCUCGGUACGACUUUUGUGCAAGAGACAUGCGAGAAUUGUCCUUGCUGAAAGGAGACGUGGUGAAGAUUUAUACAAAGAUGAGUGCAAAUGGCUGGUGGAGAGGAGAGGUGAACGGCAGGGUGGGCUGGUUUCCAUCCACGUAUGUGGAAGAGGAUGAAUAAAUUCCAAUCCCGCAUUGUACCCUGUACCGGAAACGUCAGAGGGGGAUAAACAGAAGCCCGCAUGGCCUUGUGAAUUAACCGAAGUGUUGAAAAAGCUGCAUUUCUGGCUGUUCAACAUCCUCCCUCCCUAACUCCUCCUAAGUCUUAAUGCUGGGAUUUCUAAAGAUGCUGGGACUGACAGAUUAAUGGCUUGCCUAGAGCUGUGCAAGAAACAGCCUGCCAGUCUGUCAUUGUCAGGGACCAGGGCAAAGCCAAAAGCUGUUCUCAGAAGAGCUCUGCAUGCACAUUGCUUCAUGUUUCCCUUGACUUCAUCUGGUCAGACGCCACAAAUGCCUGCCAUUAAGUGUUUAAUGCAUAUUUACUUUAUUUUCCUGUGCCAUUCAGCAGAAUUUUUGAUGGUGCAAAUAAGCAGUAGUUUAAUUUUGCUUCUCCCAGUGUGAAGAAAUAUUAGAGUUCUCCCAUUUGGGGCAGCUUACAAGAGCACGUUCCUUCCAAAGAUCCAGCAUUGCUUGUCUUAAAUUGCUCGACAAGGUGACUCAUACCCAGUAAAUACGUUUACCCCCAGAUUUUACUCAUGAUAAAAUAUGAAAGGCAAAUGAAUGCUCAGGUUUGCAUCAUAAAUGAUAUCUCCCUGGAGGGUUUUAAUUAUUCAUUUGAUGUCCUGAUUAUAUGUGCAAACUUCCUUAUAAAAAAAUGAAAGAAGCACAUAGAAGAGAGUGGCUUCUUACCAAGUCUUUGUAACCUUCAUGAUUUCAUAGGGUUAUUUUAGUGGUGUAGACUUUAUGAAAUGCUCUUGGCUGGGUGCAUUAUGGGAAGUUACUAAUAACCUGAGUAAGGUGGCUUUGUUUACAGAAACAGAUCAAGGGCUAUAAUUCAUGUAAGUCAUUUUAUAGCAGCAGUAUGUAUUAUACAUGCUUUUCUCCUUUCUCCUACAUCCUCCUCCCAAAAAAAGACCUGGGAUGUAUUUUCUGAUUCCCACAUUUUCUUGGAGCACAAACAGCUUAGUUGCAAGUUUGGGAAAGAAAGCACAACGGGGUCUUUCAUGUAUUUCUGGGACUGGAGUGUUGGGCUUUCAGCUUCUCUCAGUCUCCCCCUCUGCAGCCCCUUCUGGGAGUGUUAUCACCUGGGGGGAAGAUCAGUGUUGGCAGUGCAUGUGUUUUAGCAAGCUCUUACUAUUUUAUGUGAGGAAUCUAAUUGUGUUCAUGCUGGGACACCAGAGUCCCUAGCCAAGACAGUCAAGUUAAGUCACUAACUUAGCCCUUUCCUGAUGAAAUAAUUCCUGCAUAGCAGAAGUCAUGUUCUGACAUGAUUCAGAGAAUGUUUUAUGUUUGGGUAAAACAGAAAUUAUAAGCAUUAACUUAAUAGAGCUGAACUAGGAGCAUUCAGUUCUGAAAUUUUAGAUUAUCUCUGAGAUGAGGUGGGUGUGCCUACCCUCUCUCCCAGCCACCUGGGUGCCAAACUUGACCUUCAGUAGACACAUCCCCCUGCUCGAGACCUUCAUGGCCUAGGACUUUUCAUCUAGGAUAGAUUCAAGACCUUUACCUCAGAAUUAUGUAAACUGUGAUUGUGUGUUUAGAAGAAUUAUUUGCUAAAAUCAAUUAAGUUUUUUUGUAUAUGUGUAAAUGAUUAUGAAAAUGUAUUUUAUAAAAUAUUCUGUACAAUUACACCCCUAAGGUGUAUUCUCCCAGUGGAUUCUUUGCUAUAAAGUCUUAUCUGCGAUUCUGUGUCUUGGGAAUGUUUCAUCUGUUACCUGUCAGCCGAAUGUUGUUAUGGAGAGAACAGCUUCACACAAAUGGAAACACCCCUGUGUGCACAGUAUUGUAGCACGUAUUGUUAAUUUUACUCAAUAGACUCCCUUCGUAAGUGGUGUUUGGUCUUCCUGUUGCAUUUCAUGAGCUGGGGCUUUCCUAGCAGAGGAUAGUAGAGCCCCUUGACGUCUUUGUCCAUGUUUAAUACUUUGUAUUGGAAUCUUUAAAUGCUGUGGGUCUGUGUAGAGUUCUAAUACCAAAGACAGAAGUCACUGUUUUCCAUACACUUGUCUUGUUGUAUGCAGCUCUUAUGUAAUAUGAUGAACUAGAGUGGUAUUUCACUUUGUAAUAUUUUGUAAAUAUGUCAAUACAAUAAAUAGUCACU